AGGGAGGAAAGUAGGGAGGAAAGCAGGGAGGAAAGCAGGGAGGAAAGUAAGGAGAAAAGCAGGGAGGAAAGCAGGGAGGAAAGUAGGGAGGAAGGAGGGAGGAAUGUAGGGAGGAAAGAAAGCAGGGAGGAAAGUAGGGAGGGAAGUAGGGAGGAAAGAAAGAAGGAAAGUAAGGAGGAAAAGUGUGGCAAAACCCCAAAGAGACAGCAUGAGCGAUCACUCAGAGAAUGCCUUGCCAAAAUUUGGUACAGUAUGAAAGAUGAACGGAGCAAAGUACAGAGAGAUCCUUGAUGAAAACCUGCU